AUGGCCGACAUGGAUAGAAUUCUUGGUGGGAUAUAUGUUGGCUCCUAUCAGCCAAUUGUCGAUCAUUUUCCCCUGAGGACCGAGCACAAUAUUUCUCAUAUUCUGUCCGUGAUGAAAUUCGAGGUUAUACCAGAAUACCUGGUAAGGAAGAGCUACGUCUUGAAAAAUAUAUCUAUAGACGAUGACAGUACAACAGAUAUUUUACAGUAUAUCAACGAAUCUAACAGAUUUAUUGAUUCGUGCCUAUUUCCAGAUGAGCCAGAAUAUGAUCCUCGUAAAGUCAGUUUUAAAAAGAAACCACAACAGGGAGCUAUCUACAUCCAUUGUCACGCAGGAGUUUCGAGAUCUGUCGCCUUUACCGUUGCUUAUUUGAUGUAUCGGUACGGCCUUGAUCUUAAAUCGGCUCUUUACGCAGUGAAAAGGAAACGAGCCGUAUCUCAGCCUAAUGAAAACUUCCUUGAACAACUACGAAUCUUUGAGGCAAUGGGAGGUUCCUACGUGGACGAAAAUCACCAAUCCUAUAAUGUUUGGAAACUUUCUAACUCUGUUAAACAGGACGGCACAGGCAACAGCAUCUUAGCCAAAGAUGACACGUUCGAGCAUAAUGACGAAAAGCGGAUUGAGGACAUGACGCCCGAGGAGCUAUCCAAAGUGACAGUUAUACGAUGCAAAAAAUGCAGACAAAAACUCGCACUAUCAACGUCUUUCAUCAAACACGAGCCACCAAGUAGAGAAUCCUCGGAGGGUCAUUUUAUCAGAAGGGCAGCCGGUUCCAGAAGAAUAAUUGAUAUUCAAGAAUCUCAAAGAAAUUGCUCACACUUUUUUGUUGAACCGUUGAAAUGGAUGAAGGAAGAACUUCAAGGCAAGCAAGAAUUGGAGGGUAAGUUUUGUUGCCCAAAUUGUUCAAGCAAAGUCGGCGCUUAUAACUGGAAGGGUUCGAGGUGUAGCUGUGGUAAAUGGAUGGUGCCCGCAAUUCAUCUUCAGACGGCCAAGGUCGAUCAAAUCUCAUAUAAUCAGGAAGAACUUCCCAAUGUGGUGAAAAAUCAUUGA